UAAUGAAGCAGCAGAAGGAGACAAACAGAAAGUGACCUCAUUUUCCACACGUCUUUUCUGACGGAGAUGUGAGCUGUCUGAAGCUGUCUGUGAGCGUCUGAUCUCAGAGCAGUGAAACUGAGUAUGAACAAUGCUGCAGAAAUGUAACGCCUGCCUACAAUAAUGCUCGUUAUCAGCAUCACAGCUACUGGAGUCUGUAUAAUUACAAACAUUUUUCAUUCUGGAACCUUUUUAAAUAACCAUUAAUAAAACCAAGCAAUAACAAGAUUCCUUUACACAUAAUAAUCAUCAUUCACUCCAAAGAAUAUUAUUACGUCCUUUUUGCAUUUUAGUAAUGUGACAAAAUUAUUAACAGCCCUUAAAUUCGGUCACAAUUCUACAUUUCUGUGUAUUUCUGAACGUUCUACAGUUACAGCGAGAUCUUCUGAAUGUCUGAUGAGCUUCAUCUAUUCACACUGAGCUCAGCUGAGAGAUUCUCUACAUUAAACCCAGUAGAUUAUGAACCUGGGUGUGUAAAGUGUGCGCAGGCUGAUUGGGGUAAAUGACGAUGGAUCUUUUUUAUAUAGUUCUGUCCUUCAGAAGCUGCUUAAGAUGUUUACACUGGAUUCUGAAUCUGGCUCCUCUGAAGGUUUCUUCUUAACAUCAUCUCAGGACGUUUUUCUCACCGCCGUCACUCGUUGCUCAUUAGGAAUAAAUCGAUACAUUCAUCAUUAACGUGUUGAAUUUCUAUAUUUCUGUGAAGCCGCUUUACGGCCGUGUCGUGUCGAUGCUGCUGUACACAGGACAGGGAAGCUGUAAAACUGCCUGAAAGCAUCAUGUUCAUUCUGAUGGAAUCUUCCAUUAAAGUUCAUGCUAAAGAGGAACAAACGUGGAAAAAAACUAAAACUUCUGGUAGACAAAAAAAAAACCAGACAAAAACAAACACAAUUCACAUCCAAUAAAGUAGUCAGAUGAACUAUUAGAACUGACCUUAAUUAUUAACAUCAGGGUUUGGCAGAAGAGCCACACUGCCACAGAUGGAUGGAGUUUACGCAUACGAACGUGACCAUGAUCUGUUAGACGAAGGGCAGAGAUUUAGCUACGCGUCACAGAACCUUUAUAUCAACAGGGCUAUAAAGGUUCUUUACAGCUCACAAGGAUUUUACUGUAUUUUUAAGGUCAUUAAAGUGCAGAUUUUAAAUUCCUACGUUGAAGACCUUUGUUUUAGGACCAGACUAUCAUUUAGUAUGAAAGAUGAAUUCUUCUUUUAAGUUUAUAUCACUGAAGUAAUUAUAAAUAAACCUGAAAUAUUAUAUAAUAAGGAAAAAGAGAGAUUGUCUGCAGUACAAGUGUCCAGUAGAAAUACCCAACAACGUACAUCACCAAAACAUCCAGAGCCUUCAGUUAUCCCUGUCUGACAGCUCGGUAGACUUCACAUGCCAGUUCAACAUUACACACAUUCACACAGGCCAUUAAACUGGCACGUGCUUUAGGAUCCGUAUAAGAACUUCUCCACACCCUGACACGCUCCAGGGCAAACCAGAGGACAGAGAAAGCUCAGUUUCUUCAUUUGGACAUUCCUGAUGCACUGAUUUUAUACUCAGUUGAUGAUAAAGAGAACAAUCGCUCUGAAAGGACAACAGGAGAUCAGACGACGUCCAGGGAAAAGCUUCUAACUUCCACAGACGCACAAAAUGAUUCGGUCUGAAACGGAGAAGGAGAUUCCUCUGUGUGUGUCUCUGCCCAUCGAGGUGAUGGCACCUGAACAGACGUUUCCUUUCCUCAACACCACACUCGCAGAUCUGGGUAUUGACGAAUCGGCGGUGAAAGAGCGUGUGGUGUUGAUGGACACCAAGCGAACGCAGGUGAGGAGCAGAUCAGGGAAACUUAAGGAGAAGGAAGUGUCUGUGCUGGAGGUGCGAGUCAAAGCACAACUGCCAGGUCAAAGCAAAUGCCAGGAGGUUCUCUACAGCACCGAGACCCACACGGACCGCUCGUACUGCCGCAGCGGCAUCGCCUUCCUGCCCUGGGGACACACUCCAGGUUAGGAAAGCUUGAAGCCAGCUAAAUAUCAGACUCAGAUCAAGUUCACUCACAUGUUAGUUUGUGGCAGAUUUUCACCAAUAAAAGACCAGGAUUAGAGUUUACAGUAGCGUCGUGUAGAAUGGC